CCAGUAUCCAACGCUAGCGAUGCACGACCACGUGAUUCCGUCGCCGGUAUUGGUUGGCCCUACGGAGUCUUCGGCGCAGAAUGUGCGUCACGUACCCAGGGCGACGUGGAGUACUACGAGGAACCAAGUUGCCGAGGCCGCUCUCGGGCUUUCUUACCUUGUUAUUUCGCUGGCAUGCGGCGUCUGGUACGUCUACACGCUUCAGCCGAGCUUCGUCAACGACCUUUGGUGGGCCGGCUUCAACCUCACGGGUCACGAAGCCUUCCUCAUCGACCUUGUCAACGCCGUUCUCUCCACGACCGCCGCGACCUCACUCAGCAUCUACGCACCAAGUGCGAUGGUUCAAAAGACGUAUGCAUCCGGUGUCUCGUACACCAACGUCCCGCCCACGUACGCUCGCCACGUCAUCUUCAACGAGCUCACGUCGAUCGAGUACGCUGUACCGCAGUUACGUCGCCUGAGCGCGAGCUGGUCGAUGCGCGUCAACGUUCAGCACUGCUGGGUGGACUUUGCGCGAUCGUUUGAGGUCGCGCACACAAUGAAGCGGCAGCAGCGCUGCCGUGAGCACUACGCGUCGAACGCGGGCGUGUACAUGGAAGCGAUUCUGCGCAAUGUCGUGUGGGCCGACUACCUAUCCAUUUGGGGCGGCGACAAUGCGCCAUUUACCGUGGCCAUCCAGCUGCCACUGCAAGAGACGCUGCAUGGUCGUGCCUUCCUGGACACGAUGGCAACGGCGCGAGCAACGACGACGAUCGAUGCGGAGCUCGCGUACUGGCAGACGUUUGGCUUGGCGUCGUUCACGGCGCAGUGGCAAAACCGGUGGCAAGCUGGCGUCACCGAGUCGAUCGAAAUGGAAAACGCGCUGGGCCUGCGCCAGCUCGUGACGGUCAAGAACUUGCCGCGGGGCGCCGGGCCGUGGACGUCCAAUAACUUUCUCUGGAUCCCGCUCAACGACCUCUGGAAUGGUCAAGGCAUGGGUCGAAGCAUGAUUUGUGGUACUUUGACGUACUUUAGCGCCAACGUCAGUGCAUCCAUGCCAGCCAUCGAUCUCGAGGUCUUCAAAGGCACCACCAACGUCAGCGGCAACUUUGUGCGCAACCACAUUGGGCCUUUUCUCAGCAUCGACUCGAUCUAUGUUGCUGUGCCUGCAGCGCUGGCAACGACGUGCACUGUGUUUCUCGAUGCGAUGUUUGGUCAACUGGACGCACGCCGCUUUACCCAGCUCACCACGAUUACGACGACCACCCUCGCGCCGCUGCCGCCAGCGUGGCAAAAUGCGUCCGUGUAUUAUGGCGGGAGCCCCAUGUGCACGCGGCAGUCCGGGACGUUGUUUCCGCAGCAGUCGUUUGGCUUCUUCGACGACUGCUCCAAAGCGUUGCCGCUGCAAGUCACGGUAACGGCGAGUGCCAGUCUCUUUGCGCUACUCGCUACUGCCGAGACAGUACCGAGGGCCUGA